CUUCUCUCUCCGGCUCUGCUAAGUGUCAGCGGCUGGAACUUAUUGGCAAUGCCUAGUUCUCAUCACUCCCCACCCAGGAUUUCCCAAAUAUCCCAUUAAUCUACAGUCUCCAAUGGUUUUAUUCAAUGUAGGAUGGGAGUUCAUCUGAACGGAAGAUAUAUUCUACUGGCGCUCGCUGUGCACAUAGCAUACUUGGUGCAGGCAGUGAGGGCAGCAGGAAAGUGCGAUGCGGUCUUUAAGGGCUUCUCCAACUGUAUGCUUACCAUGGGAGAUAAAAUGGAAACCUAUUCGCAAAGCAUGGACGAAGAGAAAAAUCUCAACACCAUUUGCUCGUACUGGAACGAAUUCCAUGUGUGUGCUGUCACAGUGCUCGCAGAUUGUCAUGAAGGGGCAGCAGACAUGUGGGAGAAACUGAAAAAGGAUUCCCAAAAACUCAACAUUGAAGGCAGCUUGUUCCAAAUGUGCGGAAGAUCUAGCGGUUCCGCGGGGCCCAGAGCCACCCUGCCUUUACUCCUGCUGUCUCUAUCUGCUCUACUUACCUGGAUCUUCUAGUAGACCCAAAGCAUCAGGAAUCCGCCCUCACUCGCGCCACCUGCUGGAUUCUAGAGGAAAUACCUUAUCCGUUCUCCGGGGACGUUGUGUUCUCUGUGACGUUUCCCAUCUAGGAUUGUGGAAAAUUAAAAAAAAUAUAUAUAUUCUUUAAUUUGUGUUUCGUUUGCCAAAUGUUAACAAACAGUGAGCAACAACAGCCAAAACCGGACCUCAGCUUUACAUCUUCAAACCAGAAACAGUGAGCCCUUUAUCCUUUGCAAAGAAACUCAGGAAAGGCCCUGGGCCAACCAAUAAUAAUAAUAAUAAUUACAAUAAUAAUAUUAAUAACAAUAACAGGAGAAGAAGAGAUGGAAGUGGGCUCCUCAUUAUUAAAUAAACCAUCACAUGCAAAAUAAGCCAAGGGACCAGUCACAUGUGGAAGAUGUGCUGUAGAUGUUCACAUGGUCUAUCACUAUCCAAUGUUCACCAUAUCCCCUCUCCACAAAAACCAUGUUUUCCUCAUUGCAAUGCAACUAUGUAACCAAGGAAAGAACAG